AUGGAAUCUAAACAUGACAAUAUCUCUGUGGACAGUUUCUUAGGCUUUGGUAUGGAGAAUAUGGGCAUCAGCUCCAAGAUGGAUGAGUUUUCUUAUGGAUUUGACUUUAGCUUUCUCCCAUAUUAUGGUGGACUAGAUCCUUGGAGCAAGCAAGAUGGUGAAGCAGGUUUAAAGCCAGAAAUUCUUGAUGGGUUUCUUGAUGAAGUUGAGGAAGUAGAACAUAUCUACGCAUCACACCAUCCACCUUCUACUGCUAACCAUUCCCUUCCUGAAACACAAGUCAAGAAGGAAGCAUCUGAAUUAGCUGGUGAACACUAUGGUCUUACGAACUUCAGCUCAGAAUCUUAUUCUCCUAGUGGAAGCAUCGGACUCUCCGAGUUGUCAAAAGAAACUGUUCUACAUGCUAAAUCCAGCUGUGGCAAUGUUAAAUAUGGCUUUGCUACAACAAACUCAAACGAGAUGGACUGUUCUUAUGAGUCAGAAGAUGACAGGAAGCCACUAUCCACUCUACUAGGCUCUUGGGUUGGACGAGGCAGGAGAAGCUGUCGUUUUCAAUGUUGCAGAGUAGACUCUUUCAGUGAAAAAAAGUCUUGUGUGUCCUAUGACUUCAGGCCUCGGAAAGAACCUCUGGAGACCUGCACUCAUCAUGCAACAGAGAGUGUAUUAUCAUCUGAUGAUUCAGUAACUUCAUCUGAGAGCGAAGAUGGCAUAUCUGUAACAAUCAAAUCCAAAAGAAAAAGUGUCAGGAGAAAGCAUCAGAGGAUGUGGACUAUUGAUGAAGUGGUGAAGUUGCUUGAUGGUAUCUCUCACUUUGGUGUUGGCAAAUGGACUGAUAUAAAGAACUUGUUCUUUCAUUCAUCAUCGCACCGCACUCCUGUUGAUAUCAGAGAUAAAUGGCGUAAUCUAUUGAAAGCAACUUACAGUAACAAGCCUAACGUUGAUGAAGAGGUUGAAGAAAAACGAAGGUCAGCAGCUCGCACUAUCCCUAAGGAUAUACUACAUCGUGUAAGAGAACUUGCUUCACUCUACUCCAAGUCAUUGUGUUUCGUUCAUAGCUCCUCAAGAAGCCCAAGUACUUCAAGGAAGAAGAAAAAAAAGAAGAAGAGUCGAUAA